AUGCAUGAUUCACAGUCAAUUCAUGCGUCCCAUGCUGGGGAUGAUUUUUACGAAGCAGGCCAGAGUAGUCAGGCAAAAGGGGGAGAUGCAGAUGAUUAUCUCAGCGGUGAGGCGGAUGCCGACGAGAUAGAUGGGCACAUGCAAAACGAGAUGCAUGAAGAAGAUAUAGCGGGUGAUAUUUCCGAUGAAUCCGCCGCCUAUUCCUGCAUCAUGGAAUCAAGACUUCUCAUCUGCAAUGUUGGUGCCCUCUACCCGAACAAACAAGCUCUGAAGGAUGCCAUCCUUAAUUGGGCAAUGUCCACUCAAAGGCGAGAUUGUGGAGUGCAAGGCGAUGGAAGUGAAGGCUAUCCAGAAAAAAGUCUUCGUCAGACACUGCAGAACCGGAAUCCUGGCACGUAUGUUGACAUCCAAGAGUUGUACCUGCCAGAGUUUCCAACGGUAGAGGAAGAAGAUGAAUUGGAUCGGCUCAGUAAUUUGCCUGAUGGCCUGUUGCUCGAUAUUUUAGGGCGGCUGGACAUCGCAGAUGCUGCUAGAACCAGAAUCCUCGCCAGACGGUGGAAGGAGAUUCCUACCAUGCUCUCCAAAUUUUUUAUAACAGUUGGUUCCUUUGAUGAUGAGCGCAAUAGAGAGUUGACCUGUGAUAAUGUAGUUCGGGCCAAUGCCACCGUCCUUGGAGCAACCAGGAGCCUGCUGGAAAGCAGGACUACAAGUCCGUUCUCCAUUAACCUCCUGUCUGUGCAAUUCUUCUUGGGAGAUGGAUCUGUUAGUAAUAUUGGCCAAAUUCUUGCCAACACCAUGGUAACAAAGAAGGUUGGCUCGGUGAAAUUAUCUCUCUUUACUAUGAAGGAAGGCAAACAAUGCAGAAAGGACGAUGUUCUCACAUAUGGGAGGCAGUUCAAGUCAUUUCUUGAUGCCUGUCCAAACACAUUCAGUGGUUUGGCACAACUCAAGCUAGAAAAUUUGAGGCUAGCUGAAUCGGGCUUCCGUGAAAUUUUCAGUAUAUGCAAGCAACUGGAGUUCCUCCGCCUGUAUAACUGUGACAUGGGGUACCUGUCUUUGCUAGAAGUGUCACACCCACUACUGCGUGAACUUGAGAUUGUCAAGUGUGAUUUUGAGAGGGUUGAUCUCAUGUGGCUACCAAAGCUCACAAUGCUGACUUAUUCUUGGUGGGUCUGUGAGCAUGAUCCUUUGUCUUUUGAUUAUGUCCCACUGCUCCAGACUCUGAGCCUCACCAGUAUGGCUCUCGCACGGCACAAGGUGCUCAAGUUAAGUGAGUUCCUCGGCAAAGCCAGCAUAAGCGACCUCCAUUUAAAUUUUCUGUGUGAAAAGAUCUGGGUUAAACCAGAAGAACCAAAUCAAUUGUUGCAGGUGUUCCACAAAUUAAGGCAUGUGACUUUGACCCACAUUUCUGAAGUAUGUGAUCUGAAUUGGACAAUGUUCAUUCUCCAAGGUGCACCGUCCCUUCAGGAGCUAUGCAUAAAGGUGUGGGAUCAUCUAUGUGAAAUUAUAGAGGAUGAGGAGCAGAGGAAGAUCUAUGCGUUUAGCAAGGACAAGAAGGACGCAUGUGCAGUGUGGGAAGCACCUCCAUCUGAUUUCAAGCACCACAAUUUGUCUGUGCUCAGGGUCUUUGGGUUUCAGUGCGAGGAGAGGUUUGUGAAUUACGUCAAAAGUGUCAUGGAAGCAUCGGUCGCUCUGGGGGACAUAUACUUGUAUGAGAAGCCAGUGUGUGAGGACUGUGAGCACGUGAGGCAGAAUGACAAUUACCCGCGGACAAGCAGGCUUAGAACCGCGCUUAGGAACAUAUUUGACAGGGGGAUGUGCUCGCUUCUGAGGAUCCAUUUCCCACUUUCAACAACAGCCGGAAGGCCUCCCUAAUUGCAUUGCCGACUAAAUUUGUGUAAAGGCAGGGCUGAUGUCAUGCAGUUCUCUAUGUAACUCAACAGAUGCAUAUA